CAGCUCUAGCUUUCACGAAACAAAGGAGACGACGUCAUUCUCAUUUUCAGCGGUUGAAUUUGGUGUCUUCUCUCUCUUUCCAUCUUGAGCUGCAGAAGCCUCGUCGGAGCCGAGAGACCUUCAGAUUAACUCAAUCCGGCUUCCGGAGGUUCCCAAUCGCACGUGCCUUGCUUUUCCGGCGACCGGAAUAUUCGCAUUUCCUGGAGUUUUGAGUUUCGGAGAAUCGGGGAGUUUGAUCGGCGGGAAAUGAGCUUAGGGAGACGAUGAUGAAGAAGAAGGUGACAAGAAAUGUAGGCAAGUAUGAGGUUGGGCGAACAAUCGGCGAAGGAACCUUCGCCAAGGUUAAGUUCGCCAGGAACGCCGAGACCGGCAAGAGUGUUGCCGUGAAGGUUAUGGCCAAAAGCACCAUUCUCAAGCACAGAAUGGUUGAUCAGAUUAAAAGAGAGAUAUCCAUAAUGAAGAUUGUCAGGCAUCCGAAUAUAGUGAGGUUGCAUGAGGUUUUGGCUGGCCGGACAAAGAUAUAUAUAAUUCUUGAGUUUGUAACCGGAGGAGAAUUGUUUGACAAAAUUGUUCAUCAAGGAAGGCUUCGGGAAAAUGAAUCAAGGAAAUACUUUCAGCAGCUUAUAGAUGCAGUGUCUCAUUGUCACAGUAAGGGUGUAUACCACAGAGACCUGAAGCCUGAAAACCUUCUCCUUGAUUCUUAUGGAAAUUUGAAAGUUUCUGAUUUUGGACUAAGUGCAUUGCCCCAGCAAGGGGUCGGUCUUCUUCACACAACAUGUGGAACCCCAAACUAUGUCGCCCCUGAGGUGCUGGGCAAUCAAGGUUAUGAUGGUGCAGCUGCUGAUGUUUGGUCGUGUGGGGUCAUCCUCUUUGUUUUAAUGGCUGGAUACCUCCCAUUUCAUGAGACAAACCUUGCUACCUUAUAUGAAAAGAUUAAUGCAGCACAGUUCUCCUGCCCGUUUUGGUUCUCUCCAGGGGCAAAUUCAUUAAUACAUAAGAUACUUGAUCCCAAUCCUAAAACUCGUAUUCGGAUUGAAGGAAUCAGAAAGGAUCCUUGGUUUAGAAAACAUUAUGCGCCUGUUGAAUAUAGGGAAGAUGAGGAAGUCAGUUUAGAUGAUGUUCGUGCAGUCUUUGAGGACAUUGAGGAUCAAUAUGCAGAAGAAAGGACAGAUAAUAAAGACGGCGGUCCUUUAUUAAUGAAUGCAUUUGAGAUGAUUACCCUUUCCCAAGGGCUAAAUUUAUCUGCUUUGUUCGACAGGAGACAGGAUUGUAUAAAACGACAAACUCGUUUUGUUUCCUGCAAACCAGCUAAAGUGAUAAUUUCAAAUGUAGAAGCUGUUGCAGAAUCAAUGGGUCUCAAGGUCCAUACACGGAAUUUCAAGACAAGACUUGAAGGUAUAUCUGCAAAUAAGGCUGGGCAAUUUGCAGUUGUCCUCGAGAUCUUCGAAGUUGCACCAUCCCUUUUUAUGGUGGAUGUUCGAAAGGCCGCUGGUGAAACUCUUGAAUAUCACAAGUUCUCUUUUUGCAGUUUUACAAAAAUUUCUGUGCCAAGUUAGAUGAGAUAAUAUGGAAACCGAAAGAGGGCAUGGCGAGUUCCAAUUUACUUAGAACGAGGACUUGCUGACCCAUAAUUCCUUGGGUGUGACGCAAAUCCACAAGCAGGCCAACAGAGGGAGGCAAUUCCUCCCCCCCCCCCCCCCCAAAAAAAGUCAUGUACUAGCUAGUGUGUCCUAAAUCUACUAUAUUUUUAAAGUGGUAGGCCAAGAAUGUUGUGGUAAACUUCUGUGAGGACUCGUUACCUUGUAUUUAGCAUGCGGAAGUUCUUCCCAGAAUGUAUUGUCGCGAAGAUUGUUCGUUUAAUCCAACAAUAUAGUUAUAGCUUUUCACCACCCCACGAA